UCCGGGCCCCAGGGCCGCCCGAGGGCGCAGCGCCCAGCAGCACCGGGAGUCGCUUGGACGCCGGUUCGGGGCUACUGCGGGGUGGCGUCGCUGGGCCCGGGAAAGUUCGGGACCGGAGAGUGGCGACGCCGGGCGGCGGGACCCAUGGAGGCGCGCGGGGAGCUGGUCGCGGCCCGGGAGUCGGCGGGAGGCGACCUGCUGCUAGCGCUGCUGGCGCAGAGGGCGGACCUGCGCCGAGAGAUCCCGCUGUGCGCCGGCUGUGACCAGCACAUCCUGGACCGCUUCAUCCUCAAGGCUCUGGACCGCCACUGGCACAGCAAGUGCCUCAAGUGCAGCGACUGCCACACGCCACUGGCCGAGCGCUGCUUCAGCCGAGGGGAGAGCGUUUACUGCAAGGACGACUUUUUCAAGCGCUUCGGGACCAAGUGCGCCGCGUGCCAGCUGGGCAUCCCGCCCACGCAGGUGGUGCGCCGCGCCCAGGACUUCGUGUACCACCUGCACUGCUUUGCCUGCGUCGUGUGCAAGCGGCAGCUGGCCACGGGCGACGAGUUCUACCUCCUGGAGGACAGCCGGCUCGUGUGCAAGGCGGACUACGAAACGGCCAAGCAGCGAGAGGCCGAGGCCACGGCCAAGCGGCCGCGCACGACCAUCACCGCCAAGCAGCUGGAGACGCUGAAGAGCGCCUACAACACCUCGCCCAAGCCGGCGCGCCACGUGCGCGAGCAGCUCUCGUCCGAGACGGGCCUGGACAUGCGCGUGGUGCAGGUUUGGUUCCAGAACCGCCGGGCCAAGGAGAAGAGGCUGAAGAAGGACGCCGGCCGGCAGCGCUGGGGGCAGUAUUUCCGCAACAUGAAGCGCUCCCGCGGCGGCUCCAAAUCGGACAAGGACAGCGUUCAGGAGGGGCAGGACAGCGACGCCGAGGUCUCCUUCCCCGAUGAGCCUUCCUUGGUGGAAAUGGGCCCGGCCAAUGGCCUCUACGGGAGCUUGGGGGAACCCACCCAGGCCUUGGGCCGGCCCUCGGGAGCCCUGGGCAACUUCUCCCUGGAGCAUGGAGGCCUGGCAGGCCCAGAGCAGUACCGAGAGCUGCGUCCCAGCAGCCCCUACGGUGUCGCCCCAUCCCCCGCCGCCCCGCAGAGUCUCCCUGGCCCCCAGCCCCUCCUCUCCAGCCUGGUGUACCCAGACACCAGCUUGGGCCUUGUGCCCUCGGGAGCCCCCGGCGGGCCCCCACCCAUGAGGGUGCUGGCAGGGAACGGACCCAGUUCUGACCUAUCCACGGGGAGCAGCGGGGGUUACCCCGACUUCCCUGCCAGCCCCGCCUCUUGGCUGGAUGAGGUGGACCACGCUCAGUUCUGACCCAGGCCCAGCUCCACCCUGCACCGGACACGAGGGAGCUGCCCCUGGGUGGGUGGCUCCGGGCUGCUGGGGCUUCCGAGGAAGUGGGGCCAGGGCAUCAAGGGAGCACUGGUGCCUUCGGAGCCUCCCACUGCCGACCGCACAGCUCCCUCCCUGGGGGCUGAGGGACCCACCUGGCCCCUCCUCUGACACAGGGCUGGCCCGCCAGGUGGCCUCCCGGCAAGCCGGCCUUUUUUGUAAGCAAAUUUCUCCCCUUUAUUGAGCAAUUAACCGAGCACUUGCUGCUAUUUCUAGACAUGAAAUGUCACCUUGCUGAGGCCCAGCCCAGCCCAGCAUAGCCCGAGGGCUGGAAAAACGCUUUCAUCUCUAAAACUGAGAAAUGAUCAUAAUCGUGCUUUCACUUCCUAGGCUCUGUGUGUCUCGGAGCCAUCACCCCGAGGCUCCCUCUUUAGGUUGGAGAUUGGCCUCGCCUGUUGAGGCAGGAGGCCGCGGAGGCAGGGACACACCCGUGUCCGCCGGGAGAGGCCCCCUCCUCUCCCCAGACCACGGGGGGCCUCCCUGCCUCCAGCCCCGCCUUCCCUGGGAGCAGCUUCCCCCAGUCCCCAGGUCUCUAGAUCUUUCUGUUCUUGAGUAUCCUGUGGAGGAGGCAAAAAUGCCUGGGGCCCCUUCUCUCCAAGCUCAAUUCUCUAAGCCCCUCAGGAUCUCCUCCUCACCCCACCCCAGGCCCUUGGUGUCCAGGCUGCACCCACAGAUUGUCCGUUGCCAAACAGCCUGCCCUCCCUGCCAGAACCGGCUCUGCCAGCCCCAGAUUGGGAAGUCUGCCCUCUGGAGAAGGGUGGGGCUCCUCUGAGCCUGCCCUGCCUCCUCCAUCAGAUCCUUUGGGAAGAAGUUUCUGGGAGACGCCUGCAGCUGUGCGUGCCCCAGACACAAAGGCUGGCCUGUGUGUAAGUCAAAGUCACUCCCGCAAACCUGAAUCUCGAGCUACCUAUUGGUUCUGUGAAUGUUCUGUGUCUUUUAUUUAUUCUCGGGUGAUCAGCUCUUUCCAAGACUUCAAUAAAUUUGUCAGUUACAGUCAA